AACGCAGUCACCAGGCAGUCAUGGACUGCUUAUGCAGCCGCUGGCUCCCCACCCAGACCCUGAUGCUCCAAAUCAGCCUCGUUCUCGUCUUAGCUCUUCCUUCACCAGAUUCCCAGGCAAUCAAAGACCCCAGCUCUUCCUGCACAUUGAAAAAGAUCUUGGGGGGAUCUGUCCAGCUGCGACUGAACUCCUCUUUGGGUCCUAACAUCCGAGAAAUUGAGUGGAAUUGGGAUUCUGAGGAUGAUGAGAAACCACAGCUGCUGGUGUCCUGGAGGCCUAAUACCUCUAAUCCUGAUUGGUAUGACCUUGAAGAAAAACACAAGCACAGAUUCAACGUAACAGAGAUGGCUUUCUUGAGCAUCAGGAACCUCACUCUGGAAAUGAGUGGACUAUAUACAGCGAAAAUCAAAUUCCACUCAGGAAAAUCCCAGGAGGAAGUCUUUAGACUCUGUUUAUAUGUUUCUCUUUUGUCCCCUCUCACCCCAGAGCCCAUCCCCCACCCCCAGAUCCAGAUUUAUUCAUCAUCUAACACAUCAGGCUGGUGCAAUGUCAGUCUAGAGUGUGGGACCCCAGGAAACACAGGGAACCUGACAGUGACCUGGCUGAGCCAGGGCCUCCCCAGGGAGCUGGAGCAGAGAGGGACGCUGGGGCCAGCCCCCAGCUCCAGGAACCUGAGCCUGAGCCUGCCCCUCAGCCACUUCAACAGCCGCCUCACCUGUGUGGUCAGCAACCCCGCGGAUGAGAAGAACGCAACCUUACACCUGGAGGACAUCUGUCCACGGAGGGGUUCUCUUCAGAGCAAAUGGCUUUGGAGAGGCAUCCUUCUCAUGGUUCUGACGGUGAGCCUAGUGGCUGGAGUGUGGAUCUGGAUGAGAAAGAAGAUGCAGACUGGGAGAGGUGGGUCCACUCUCCUGCCAGUGGUGCCAGACUCAGCAGCUACUCCCCAGGUCCUUCUCACAGUGGAAUCUGCUAACCUUCAGACUGGUGUGGCCAACAGCCAUGACCCUCCCUAUGAAGAGAUCAGCUUCCUGAGACACCCUAAGUUGCAAAUUGGUGCUAUGGUCACAGCUGGAAUGAUUUCACCGGGGGGAAGACCCGGAGACAGGACUAGCAGGAGGAGGAGAGGACACCUCAGGGACUUCCCAGAAGCAAUGGUUCUCAAAUGGAGCUCGCAUCGCGAACGCCUGAAGGGCUUGAAAGACAGGGAGAAGGGCAGCUGCCAUUCACAUAACCCGGAGUGUACUUUGGCCAUCCACACUGUCUACGAGAAGAUCCGGACAAAUACAGAGCCCCAGGGGGACGCCUAGACCACAAUGACACUGGAGAAUGGGGGGGCCUUGGCAAGAUCUGCCCCAUCCCACCCUUUUCCCCUGGGUCCCCACAGAUCCCUCAUUAAGGUGGAGCUGGGGCUAAAGCCUAGGUCUUCCUGACCAAUUUCACCAAUUUUCAGCAUGAGCUGCUCCCCUGGGUUCUCCAUCAAAAUUUUCUCACAUCACAGAUGGUGGGUGGUGACUCUGCUACUCAAAUAACCAAAUAUGAGAAGCAAACCCUUCAGCCUUCGGCCACACUUCUGACCUGUGAGCCACUUGACCCCAUCAGGGAACACUCAUGGUCAGGCAGGGCCUGCACAGGGAUGGUUGGGGGAGAGAGAUGAUUCCUUGGAACAGGGUGCAUCCUGGGGGCCCUGGGAAGGAUGGGCCUUGGGUGGAGGACCUUCAGGAUUUCACAGCCCAGCUCACUACACGUGAAUAGAGAGAAGAAUGGCCCUUGACUGUGGAAAAAAGAGACCUGCAGAUACAAGAUUCAGGGCCAGCUGUGUUGUAGAGGAGAAGGGUGGAAAGGGAAGGAAACAUUUUUUUGAGCUCUGUCACCUACUAGGCUUAAUUCUAAGCACAGGAAAUGUACUAUCUAGGUUCUCAAAAUUCAAUUAAUUC